GAUUCGCCGUCUAUCUUGCAGAUGGCGGAGCCGGACAUCGGUAGCUACUGUUAGCUAAUAUUCGUUUUAUUUCUAAAUGAAACGUAUUUAAUUGUGUCUUUUCCCCAAGCGUUCCAGUCAAGCGACUGUUUUAAUGUGUUUUUUUCUCCACGUGAAACUGUAAACCUAUUCAGCGCGCGCAUUUUGUACAGUAUUUAUUUUGAAGCAAGUGUCCCGGUUAGCAUCUUUGUUGGAAGUUUAGGCCUACUGUGCCACCGCUUGUCGAUUUUAACAAUAGCUGCGAUACACUCCCCUCCUCUGCUUGUUUUGAUACGCUCCGCGAGGAUUACCGUCUCGGCAGACGAAGAAAGGACAUGGGCAGUAAACAGGUCUGGAUUCCUUUCAGCAACUGAGACGUUUGCUAUGUUGGCGGACUUUUAAUUUCACUGGAACUGAAGACAUUUUGGCAGCUGCAUCGCGAAUAAGGAGCGGAUCACAAAGGAAGAUGUCCAACGGCGCUGCGGGAAGCGGGGCUCUGGCUUGGAUGGAGGCUGCAAAUGGCAGGGGUGAGACUGGCAAGAUGGAAGGGUCCAAGAAAGAAAAGGCGAGCAAGUUGUCCGUGGAGCGGGUGUACCAGAAGAAGACCCAGCUAGAGCACAUCCUCCUCCGUCCCGACACAUACAUUGGCACUGUGGAGCCCAUUACCCAGCAAAUGUGGGUCUUUGAUGAAGAAAUAGGAAUGAACCAGAGGGAAAUCACCUACGUUCCCGGAUUGUACAAAAUCUUUGAUGAAAUCCUCGUCAACGCAGCGGACAACAAGCAAAGGGACAAGAACAUGACAGGCAUUAAGAUCACCAUUGACCCUGAAUCCAACACCAUUUCUAUCUGGAACAAUGGUAAAGGAAUUCCUGUGGUGGAGCAUAAGGAUGAGAAGAUGUACGUCCCAGCUCUCAUUUUUGGCCACCUGCUCACCUCCAGCAACUAUGAUGAUGACGAGAAGAAAGUCACAGGUGGAAGGAACGGCUACGGGGCUAAACUCUGCAACAUCUUCAGCACUAAGUUUACAGUGGAAACUGCUUGCAAGGAGUACAGACACAGUUUCAAACAGACGUGGCAGAACAACAUGACAAAGACGACUGAGCCCAAGAUCAAGUUCUUCGACGGGGAAGACUUCACCUGCGUGACGUUCCAGCCAGACCUCGCCAAGUUCAAGAUGGAGAAACUGGAUAAGGACAUUGUAGCGCUUCUUACACGCAGAGCAUAUGAUGUAGCCGGCUCUUGCAGAGGAGUCAAAGUUUCACUCAAUGGCAAGAAAUUACCGGUUAAUGGGUUCCGCAGUUACGUGGAUCUGUACGUGAAAGACAAGCUAGACGAAACAGGCGUGGCCCUGAAGGUGGUGAACGAAACUGUGAACGAUCGGUGGGAAGUUUGCCUCACCAUGAGCGAGAAAGGAUUCCAGCAAAUCAGCUUCGUAAACAGCAUCGCCACAACAAAGGGCGGCAGACACAUUGACUAUGUGGUGGACCAGAUUGUGGCCAAACUUAUUGAAGUGGUGAAGAAGAAGAACAAGGCAGGAGUGACGGUGAAACCUUUUCAGGUGAAGAACCAUAUCUGGGUGUUUGUGAAUGCACUGAUCGAGAAUCCAAGCUUUGACUCCCAAACCAAGGAGAACAUGACGCUCCAGACCAAGAGCUUUGGCUCCAAAUGUGUUCUGUCAGAGAAGUUUGUGAGAGCUGCAACCAACUGCGGGAUCGUGGAGAGUAUACUCAACUGGGUGAAGUUCAAGGCUCAGACACAGCUGAAUAAGAAGUGCUCGUCUGUGAAGCACAGCAAGAUCAAAGGCAUCCCCAAGCUGGACGACGCCAAUGAUGCUGGUGGCAAACACUCCUCUGAAUGCACUCUCAUCCUCACUGAGGGAGACUCGGCCAAGUCUCUGGCCGUCUCUGGACUGGGAGUCAUUGGGCGUGAUCGCUACGGAGUUUUCCCUCUGAGAGGAAAGAUCCUGAAUGUGCGAGAGGCAACGCACAAGCAGAUCAUGGAAAACGCUGAGAUUAACAACAUCAUCAAAAUCGUCGGCCUCCAGUACAAGAAGAGCUACGACGACGCGGAGUCACUGAGGAGCCUGCGCUAUGGCAGGAUCAUGAUCAUGACAGAUCAGGAUCAAGAUGGAUCACAUAUCAAAGGUCUGCUCAUCAAUUUCUUCCACCACAACUGGCCCUCCCUGCUGAAACACACAUUCCUGGAGGAGUUCAUCACUCCCAUUGUCAAGGCGACCAAGAACAAGCAGGAGCUGGCCUUCUACAGCCUUCCAGAGUUUGAAGAGUGGAAGAAACAGACGGAGAACUAUAAAACCUGGCAUAUAAAGUACUACAAAGGUUUGGGUACAAGUACAAGCAAAGAGGCAAAGGAAUAUUUCGCUGACAUGGAGAAGCACCGCAUCACAUUCAGAUACAGCGGCGCAGAGGACGAUGCUGCCAUUACUCUGGCCUUCAGUAAGAAGAAGACAGAUGACAGGAAGGAGUGGCUGACCAACUUCAUGGAGGACAGACGUCAGAGGAGGAUGCACGGUUUGCCAGAGCAAUACCUUUAUGGAAACCAAGCCAGGCACCUCUCCUACAACGACUUCAUCAACAAAGAGCUGAUUCUGUUUUCCAACUCUGACAAUGAGCGAUCUAUUCCAUCCUUGGUUGAUGGUUUGAAGCCAGGUCAGAGGAAGGUGUUGUUCACCUGCUUAAAGAGGAAUGACAAGAGGGAAGUGAAGGUAGCACAGCUGGCCGGCUCAGUGGCGGAGAUGUCUGCCUACCAUCAUGGAGAGCAAGCCCUCAUGAUGACCAUCGUGAACUUGGCCCAGAACUUUGUGGGUAGCAACAAUGUGAACAUCCUGCAGCCCCUGGGUCAGUUUGGUACUCGCAUCAAUGGAGGCAAAGAUGCUGCCAGCCCCCGUUAUAUCUUCACCAUGCUCAGUCCACUCGCCAAGCUGCUGUUCCCAGCCGUGGACUUCAACCUCCUCAAGUUCCUGUACGAUGACAACCAGAAGGUGGAGCCAGAGUGGUACAUUCCCAUCAUUCCGAUGUUGCUGGUGAACGGUGCAGAAGGCAUCGGGACGGGCUGGGCGUGUAAGAUCCCUAACUACGACCCCAGAGAGAUUGUCAACAACAUCAACAGACUGCUCAACCACCAGGAUCCACUGCCCAUGCUGCCCAGCUACAAAAACUUCAAAGGGGUGAUCCAUGAGCUGGGUCAGAACCAGUUCCUGGUCAGUGGAGAAGUGUCGGUUAUAGACAAAAACACCAUAGAGAUCACUGAGCUUCCAGUCCGGACGUGGACGCAGGCUUAUAAGGAGUCUGUGCUCGAGCCCAUGCUGCAGGGCACCGACAAAACACCAGCUCUCAUCAACGACUAUAAGGAAUACCACACUGACACUACAGUCAAGUUUGUGGUACGCAUGUCUGAGGAGAAACUGGCCCAGGCAGAGGCAGUGGGCCUCCACAAAGUCUUCAAACUCCAGUCCAGCCUCACCUGCAACUCCAUGGUGCUGUUUGACCACAUGGGUUGUCUGAAGAGAUACGAUUCAGUCCAAGACAUCCUCAAGGAGUUCUUUGAGCUUCGCCUGCACUACUACAAACUGAGGAAGGAUUGGUUACUGGGCAGCCUGGGAGCAGAGGCCUCAAAACUGUCCAAUCAGGCUCGCUUUGUGCUGGAGAAGAUCGAGGGAAAAAUUUCAAUAGAGAACAAAUCCAAGCGUGAGCUGAUCCGCAUGCUGGUCCAGAAAGGCUACGAAUCUGAUCCAGUUGCUGCCUGGGCCAAAGCUCAGGAAAAGGCUCAGGAAGAAGAUUACCGUGAUGGAAACGAGAGCGACAGCUCGGUGGACUCCGGUUCCUCGUCAGGGCCAAACUUCAACUACAUCCUCAACAUGCCUCUGUGGUGCUUGACUAAAGAGAAAGUGGAGGAGCUACUCAAACAGAGGGACCAAAAGAGAGGAGAGCUGAAUGAUCUGCAGAAGAAAUCUUCAGAGGAUCUGUGGAAGGAGGACUUAGCCGUCUUCAUCACCGAGCUUGAUAAUGUGGAGGCUCAGGAGCGAGAGGAUCAAAGUGCUGGAAGGGCCAUCAAACUGGUGAAGGGUAAAGUGGGCAAACCUAAAGUGAAAAAGCUGAACCUGGAGGAGACUAUGCCCUCACCGUACGGCCGCAGGGUGGAGCCUCCAACGCAGGCCAUCAAAUCUGAUGCAGCCAAGAAACUAACCAAAAAGAAGAAGGGCGACUCAGACCCGGCGGUGAAGUUAGAAUUUGACGAGGACGGCGUUGGUGGCGAGGGAGUAACAGGAGAAAACUCUGUAGCCAAACCAAAAGCUCCACGUGUAAAGAAGGAGAAGAAAGAACCUGGAGCUCCCAGAGUGAGGAAACCUCCUGGUCCCAAAACUCCUAAGAAGGUGAAGAAGAGAAACCCCUGGUCAGAAGACGACUCCAAGUCAGACAGUGACAUGGAGAACAGUGAACCCGUCCGUCCUAGAGAGACCAAGUCCCAGAGGUCAUCAGCUGCCAAGCCAAAAUACACGUUCGACUUCUCAGAGGAGGAGGGAGACGAAGAGGAGAACGGAGAUGACGACGGCGCCUCUUCUCCGGUCAGGUCGUUCAAAGAUGACCUCAGUUUCACCGACACCAAGGAUCGCUAUGACGACCACAAUGACGACGACGAAGAAGAAGACAAUGAAGAAUCCUACUCUCCUGCGAAACAAAAGACGACGUCUGCUCCUGCAGCUAAAAAGAAAGACACAACCAACGUCUUUUCAUCCAAGUCGGCCUUCUCUGAAAAGAGCAAUGACAGUGACGGAUCCAAGUCUGACAGCGACGACGACAACGGCCAAGUGUUCUCCACUUACUCCAGCAGCUCUGCAUUUGACAAACCAUCGCCAGCAAAGAAAGCAGCUAAAAAGCCUUCAGAUGCAGCUCCCAAACCCAAGAAACCACCAGCACCAAAAGCAAAGAAACCAGAUAAAUCCAUCUGGGACUCUGACUCUGACACCGGGUCCAAGAAGCCAGCACCAGCUCUUAAAGGUAAAGGUCGGGGACGGAAGAGGAAGGGCUCUGGCUCUGAAGACGAGUACAGUCCGAUGAAGAAAAUGGCAAAACCUGUCGGCAGAAAGCCUCAGAAAGCCCAGAAACCUCCUUCAGACGACGAAGACGACGACAACAGCAACAGCCCGAGUGCCACGAGUGCCCCGUCCCGCGACCGGCCGGGCCGCUCCAAGAAGGAGGUGAAGUACUUCCACGAGUCAGACAACGAGGAAGAAGACGACGAUGACAUGUUCGAUUAAAGCAAACUUCCAUCCCUUUCCAACACACUCUGCUCGUACAGAAGUUUCCUUCUCCUGUGUCCCCCCACAGACUUUUGUACAUUUCCCGUUUCAUUUUCUUUUCAUUAACGGUGAUGUUCAAUGAUUUUUUUAAUGUGUAGGUGUUUUACACUUUUUAUUAUGACACAUAUACAGGUUUCUUUUUUUUUUACGCUCAUUGAAAUGUUCUGUAUUUGUCCGAGGCGGCUUUUAGAAGUUUAGAACGCUGUGCUUUAGCACAUUUUAACUGUUAAAAUACUAUGUAACUUUUUGAACAUGAAGUUGAAAGUAAACAAUGAAAUGUC